AUUCAGCUCCUCGUUCCAACUCCACCUCCUCAGAUAGGAUGAAGUCCACAGCAAGAGUUCUUGAUCCUCAGGGGCCAUUCUUGCAGACAUGGAACAAGAUAUUCGUGAUAUCAUGCCUUGUUUCAGUUUCUGUGGACUCUCUGUUCUUCUAUGCCCCGGCGGUUGACGGCGACAACAACUGCUUGUAUCUGGAUGACAAGUUGGACAAGAUAGCAAGUAUCCUGCGCUCUCUCACGGAUAUCUUCUAUUUACUCCGUAUGAUAUUUCAGUUCAGGACAGGAUUUACUGCUUCCUCUUCAAGAGUGUUUGGUCACGGUGUAUUGGUUGAUGACACGUUUGAAAUAGCAAAGCAGUAUUUUACAACAUAUUUUCUGGUUGAUUUCUUAGCUGUUCUGCCCCUCCCUCAGGUGUUUGUGCUGUUAGUGCGACCCCAUCUCCGAGGUUCUGAGGUUAUGACAGAGAAAAAUAUACUAACCUUGAUAGUCAUAUGCCAAUAUGUACCUCGACUGAUCCGAAUAAUACCACUCUACAUUCAAAUCACAAGAUCAGCUGGUACAGUUAUGGAUACAGCAUGGCCGGGUGCUGCCUUUAACCUUCUAGUUUAUAUACUUGCCAGUCAUGUCCUUGGAGCUCUUUGGUACAUUCUUGCCAUUCAACGACAAGACAUCUGUUGGAGAGAAGCGUGUAAUGGACAAGAUGGUUGUGAUCUUGCGUCUUUAUAUUGUGGAAGUUCUGUAUAUGGAAAUAAUACUUUCUUACAAGAUGCUUGCCCAACAAAUGGUGAUGCCGAUAUAGAUCCAAUCUUUGGAAUUUACCUACCAGUUCUCCAGAAUGUUUCACAGUCAACGGGUUUCUUCGAAAAAUUAUUCUACUGCUUUUGGUGGGGGCUACAAAAUCUAUGGUGUGUUUAUAAUUGAAAUCCUUUUUUUCCUCACCAAAGAACAGUGCCCUGGGGCCUGUAUUUAUGUGUGGCUAUUUCCAUUGCAGUUCGUAUGGUCAAAACCUGAAAACAAGCACUUACAUAUGGGAGAAUCUGUUUGCUGUAU